AGAAAGAAUGAAGGUGUGGUCUGAGAAUGAUGUCAACUCCUUCUCAUGAGAACUACUUAAUGCCCUAACACAUCCAAUCUGAAGUCAGUUUCACCCUUCCAUCACAUCAAAAUGCAUCUCAUUGCGCUAAUCUUCGGGAUUGUGCUUCUCCCUAAAGCACUCAGCCUGGAAUGUCAAUGUUCACAAAGUAGCGGCUGCACAAACUCAACAAUAGAAUGCCCCUCCGGACAGCGCUGCAUAUCAGAAAGACACGUUAGCUAUUCUGGUGCCUCAAAGGUCUCCGAUGUCAACAUGAAAGGUUGUGCUUUGCCUCAACGUUGUGUUGACCGUUCAAUGAACUUUGGACUCGUCCAAACCUGGAUUUCCAGCAGCUGUUGCACCACCAAACUCUGCAACACCCAAAAUGCCCCUGAACCUGUCGAAUCUGCUUCAAAUGGUAAAAAGUGCUUCUCAUGCGAUGGACAAACGUGCACCUCAACCCUGGCCUGUAAGGGGAAUCAGGACUACUGUUACUCAGCAUCAGUGAGUGUAGAUGGUCAGAUUGUUCCUGUGAGGGGGUGCGUGCCCUUGCAGAUGUGCCAAGGGCAGUCUAACUGCUGUCAGGGGGACCUUUGCAACAGCGCCAGCAGCACCAGCGCUGGCCUUCUGCUCCUCAUGGCACCGCUGCUGUCUUUGGGCAUGCUCUCAUAACUGUUUGAGAUGACAGCAUCACUGCAGUACACAACUUUUCUUAUUAUCUUUGCAUGGCCUCAUAGUGCUCACAUCCCUGCCUUAUCCUUAUAACCGAUGAGUGGGAAAGUUCAAUGCAAAGCAUAUAGAAUUUAGUAACAAUGUGGUUUUCUAUUUAUCCCUCAUGUAUUAUCAAACUGGCCUAUUUGCUUUUUGUAUCCUAUGGUGACACUUUUGUCACGAACAGACAUCAACAGCUUUCUGUUUAUUUUCUUUGGUAAGACACGAGGAAUGUAAUUUUAACAUGUAAAUGAAAAUACUUUAUUUUGUGAUAUAUAUAUAUAUAUUUAACCUAUUUAAUUGUCAAGUUUUUGUUGAUGUUACUGUGAAACAGAAGACUCAAUAAAUACAUUUCUUAACA